ACGGUGAACGGCACGUCCAACAACGACACGGGACGGGUGAACGCCUCCCUCGAGACGAAGUACUACUUCAGCGACUGGGGCUUCACGCUGAAGGAGAAGUGGAAUACGGAUAACACGUUGGCCACCGAGUUGUCGGUCGAGGAUCAGCUGAUUAAGGGCUCGAAGCUGGCGUUCAGCGCCAACUUCGCCCCCCAGAGCGGCAAAAAGGCGGGCACUUUGAAGUCGGCCCUAAAGGCCGACCACUUCAACGCCAACGCCGACAUUGACUUCGAUUACGGCGGCGCCCUCUUCCACGGAUCAGCUACUCUGGGACACCAGGGCUGGUUGGCGGGGGCGCAGCUGUCGUUCGACCCCCAGCAGAGCAAACUGACCAAAACGAACUUCGCGGUCGGCUAUCAGGCCGGGGACUUCGUCCUCCACACCAAUGUGAACGACGGUCAGGAGUUCACGGGAUCGGUGUACCAGAAAGUGAACAGUCAGUUGGAGUCGGGCAUC